GAAUCAAAUAAUUUAAACCAUUGAUCAAUAAAAAUGGAAGAUCUAGAAACGUUAUUGGAGAAGCAAGUGCAAUUGAUUCAACGAAUAGAAGCUUUCUUUGUGCUCCAGGCAUGCAAAUCGGAUAUAGUCGCGGACCUAAAUGAACUAAACGGAAAAUGUAGCAACUCAGCAAGUGCAUUCCAGAAAGCAAAAGAGUCUUUGGACAAAUUCCACCACGAGCUUGGUCCCAAAUACGUCGAUGUUAUGAGAAAAAUGCAACGAAACAACCUACUUGUUAUUCACCUAAUGGAAAAGUUGGACGAAAUCGCAGAACGGCAAAGCAAUGUGCUUCGAGAACAGCAUCCAAAUGCACAGCCGAUUCAUCUAACCAGUAACAAUCAAAAGUCAGUUGCUUCCGCAGAUAAGAUGUUGCUGUCCGAGUAUCAAAAAUCGCCAUUUACAGCGAAAAUGAAACCUCGAUGCCUCUCGUUUUUGGAUUUCAAUUUCUGCAUCAAUCAAGAGGAGUUCGAUCAAAUUCCGAAAUAUAUGCGAGGUCGAGAGAAUCUGGAUGAACUGAAAACAUUUAUGCAGACGGUUAUCGUGUCUUGCUUCGAGGAAAAGUACUCACUGCUGUACAAGAACAAGAAAGCCGUUACCAACCAGCAGGAUCUUGCUCUCUGGAAGGCCUUCAAUCAACAGCAAGCCGCCUUUCCUCAUAUGAAAUUCAUCACACAGGGGGACAUCGCUCGGAAAAUGGGACGAUUGAUAGAUAAGAAGAUUAACGCUAAGUUGCAAAUGCUGCGACAUUUGCACAUCCUGCAGGAAACCAGAAACGAAGGGACCGUUUACUAUCUCUGGGGUCGCGAGUGAUGGUUUGGUAAGCUGAUUUGCGAGGUCCAAUUUUGUAUUUAAUAAAAUAAAAGAAAACUAGGGUGUAAGUCCCUUAUCUAGGCCCAACAAUAAAUUGCGUUUAUAAUCAUCAAAUAGGCAGACGAAUUUCCUUUUUAAGCAUACGUAGGUAUAUAGGGUAAGGUGGGGCAAGUCGGGUCAGCUAGUACAUUUAUAAAUUUAUUUGUUGGUGGUGCUUUUUCAAACCAGCAUUGGGGCUACAUAAAGCCUGUUCAUGUUGAUAAUCAAAAAUAUAAAUAAAUCAAGUAGAUGACCCAUCUUGCCUCACCUUACCCUACUUGUUAGAAUAGAGCCCAGCUGU